UGUGUCGACGGGGUUCUCGAUUGUGCGUACAUCGGCGUUCGUAGCUGCUAUCGAUAGGCGGCCACGCACCGCCGUCAGAGAGCGUAGAAAGUGCUACUACGAAUGUCGAACAGGUGUCCCCACUUCGAUGCCCUAACCUCGGCGAUGUUCAGUGGCUCUGCAGUGUCGAAUGCAUACGUAUGUGCUGCGUACGAGAUGUGCACCUGGAGGCGUUCUCGUUACUAGGUCAUAAGAGAAUCGAAACACGUCGGACGCUCGUGGUAAUUACGUCGUGGCCGAGACGGACAAGACAGUUGGCUGAACCGGAGGCUGGCCGAGCGACGAUCGAAAGAGCGCACUCACGACCACGAUAAAACUGGAUACCGAACCUGGGCACAGGUCGUAGUCAUGUGAUUCCCCCGAAAAAAGAAGGCGACCUCUCAUAUUUGGUUGUGAUUAGUCCCCCCUCCCCCGGUUAGGAUCCCCGUCAGGCCUCUCUGCACUUCCGGCUGCGAAGAUCGGGUGAUGAGCUCAGGGUACAAGGUGACAAGCCCCGUCAUAAAAUGUUCCGUUUCAAGAUUCGCAUUCACACGUGCCAAGUGAUACUGCUCACGUCGCUGGUAUGGUUCCUCGUGGACGUGAUGGUGCUGAUGCUCUAUUCGGACUGUAUCGGAGGGUCCGGAUGGGGUUGCACGGAGAACAACAAGCAGCAGACGUUGACGGAGGAGAGCCUGCCGCAUCCGAAAGCGCUGAAGGAGGAACAGGUUCAGCCGACCGGCCAUCAGAGCAAGAAACGUUACAAGCAGUCCGAGCUUCAUUUCUGGAGGCCGGCGAAGGCCGUGCGCGAGCACAAGCGUAGUCCUGGCGAGAUGGGCGCAGCAGUGCACAUUUCGCCGGAGGACGAGGCCAGGCAACAGGAGCUCUUCAAGCUGAAUCAGUUCAAUAUCAUGGCCAGCGACAUGAUAUCCUUGAAUCGGUCCCUGAAAGACAUCAGGCUCGAGGGAUGCAAGACGAAGAAGCACAACAAGUACCUUCCGGACACCAGCAUCGUCGUUGUGUUCCACAACGAGGCUUGGAGCACGUUGCUGAGGACCGUUUGGUCGGUCAUAAACCGAUCGCCCAGAACUUUGCUCAAGGAGAUCAUUCUGGUGGACGACAAAAGCGAACAAGAUCACUUGAAGCAAGACUUGGAGGACUACGUAAAAACGUUACCCGUCCCUACGUAUGUGUAUCGUACCGAGAAAAGAUCGGGCCUAAUAAGAGCCAGACUGCUCGGGGCAAAGCACGUGAAGGGUCAAGUUAUAACGUUCUUGGACGCGCACUGCGAGUGCACCGAAGGCUGGCUGGAACCCCUGCUUUCGAGGAUCGCUGAAGACAGAACCACGGUUGUCUGCCCCAUCAUUGACGUAAUCAGCGACGAUACUUUCGAAUAUAUUCCAGCCAGCGACAUGACAUGGGGUGGUUUCAAUUGGAAACUAAACUUCAGAUGGUACAGAGUAGCUCAAAGAGAAAUGGACAGAAGAUUAGGAGAUAGAACUGCUCCCCUACGAACGCCGACAAUGGCUGGCGGAUUAUUUUCUAUCGAUAAGGACUAUUUUUACGAGUUGGGCGCGUACGACGAAGGCAUGGACAUUUGGGGCGGUGAAAAUCUCGAAAUGAGUUUCCGGAUAUGGAUGUGUGGUGGGACAUUGGAAAUCGCAACGUGCUCGCACGUCGGUCAUGUAUUCCGUAAAUCAACACCAUACACGUUCCCUGGUGGUACGAGCAAGAUAGUGAACCACAACAAUGCGCGACUCGCAGAGGUCUGGUUGGACCAGUGGAAGUACUUCUAUUACAACAUUAAUCCAGGAGCUCGAAAUGUAGCUGUUGGAGAUGUAUCUGAACGAGUUAAACUGCGAGAACGUCUCAAGUGUAAAAGCUUCAGGUGGUAUUUGGAGAACAUUUACCCUGAAUCUCCAAUGCCACUAGAUUAUUACUAUUUGGGAGAUGUACAAAAUGUUGACACGCAAUCUUGUUUAGACACUAUGGGUAGAAGAACAGGAGAAAAUGUUGGAAUUAGCUAUUGUCAUGGAUUGGGUGGUAAUCAGGUAUUUGCUUAUACUAAACGGCAGCAAAUUAUGUCCGAUGAUAUGUGCCUUGAUGCAGCUAGUCCCCAAGAUUUUGUCAAAAUAGUAAGAUGCCAUGGUAUGGGUGGAAAUCAAGCAUGGGUUUAUAAUGAGGAGACAAAGAUGAUCAAACACACUAAUACUGGGCAUUGUUUGUCGAAACCUCGCCCGAACGAUGUAUUACAACCUGUUCUAUUACCAUGCGAAUCUCGUAACAUUGGCCAGAAAUGGAUUAUGCGUAGUAAAUUCAAAUGGCAAGCCAGCUAAUACCAACUAACUUCUAAAUGCAACAACUGUGUGUAACACUUGUUGUCGUAUUUAAUAUACUACAAUCAAGAGCUAACAGUCGAGAGAGACUUCUCUACAUGCAAGAUCAAGACAGAAAAUAGUAUUAUAUUCCAUAAACUCUAGUAUCAUCUUUCGUCGAUCCACUAAAUAUCAACGGUAUCGGCAGUGCGACAAAAAUUGACUUAUACCUUAAAACUGAGAAAUCGAAGUUAAUGCUUUUAGUUAUAUAAGAUUUAUUUACUGUUAAUAGCAGUAUCGUGUAUUUACUGCCAUUUUUCAUGGUAUGCCUUGAUUACUAAUACACAAGAGUGUUGAAGAAAAAAAAAUAUUUCCAACUGUGAGUGAAUGUAUACAAGUGAUACGAAGAGACAUGUAUGUGAACACUUUUUUUUAGUAAACAGUAGAGAGGAAAGCAUAUCAGACCACUGUUAUAAAUAAAUCAUUAUUAAUACAAAAGAAGAGAGACAUAUUUGAUAAUAUGGGAUGAGUGCAAUGCUGGAUGACUGCAAGAUAUAUCAGUGUGGUAAACCACAGAUAUGUUUGUGACAUAAAUGUCACCAUUAUGAUGGAGUGAAUGUUUGAAUGCAAGUGAAAUUAUUGUGACACUACUGGUUACGAUUUAGGACUUAUACUGUACAAGUUUCUAGCAAUUAGGGAAGAGCACUGAAUCUUUUUAUACUGAUAUUUCUAACAGUUCCUUGCUGCAUCUCGUUCGUAUAAUUUAGUUGUUAUUUUCUUCUUAUUUGUUUGGAAGGAGAAAUGUACUUAUACUUGAAUUCGCCAUAGCAAUAUGAGAUUACAUUUACGAAAUAUCGUUUAAGAAUAUGAAGAACUAUCGACUGUUAUUCAAUGUAAUGUUAUAUUUUAAAUACUUUCUUAAAUUCAAGACAGAGUGUCUUCCGUAUAUUCUUAAAACAAAAAUGCAAAAUAUUUUUAUGAUAUUCCUACUAUCUUGCAUAGUUACAAUUCUUAAUGGAUUCAGACUCUUUUUAUCUUCUACGUACUAGAAAUAUGCCGAAAGUUUUAGAGUGCAAUAUACUUGUUGAGUGAGACACAUAGAGAACAGUUUCCUGUAAGUAAUGUAAAAAUGUUGUUAUUAGAUUCUGGCGCCCUUCCCUUAUAUUACAGUAGAUUCGAGUUGAUAAUUUUUUCACAGUCCAAGAAAAAAAAAAGACGAUCGACGAAGUGAAAUACUUUGUCUGGAAAAUGUUGACUGAUAAUUAAACGCAUUUGCAGUUGAGAAAAAGUAUAGCUGAUUCUGUAACUUUCAAUACGAACAUAAAAACUACAUUUAUAAUAUUUAAAGUAUAUUAUACACGAUUCUAAAAUUUCAAUUUAGGACAAUUCUAAUGGCAAAGAAUAUACUCAAUUUUAUGUUACUUGAAGGAAUGGUGAUGGUGCAACAGAUUAUUGUUUACAGCAUAAUUAUAUAUUUAAUUAUUCAUGCAAAGCUAUAGUAU